AGUUCCUUGGGCGUAACGGCGGAAGGAUACACUAGCGCUAGUAUAAAUACUGCAGCUGCUUGUUUUUCCUCAUCGUUCAGUCGCUGCCUGACGAGAGACGCUACGCUGCUGAUUCUGUAUUUCUUCAGAAAUAAAAGAACAUUUGUUUCGUAAAGAUGCAGAUCUUUGUGAAGACGCUGACUGGUAAGACCAUCACCUUGGAGGUGGAGCCAAGCGACACCAUCGAAAACGUCAAAGCCAAGAUCCAAGAUAAGGAGGGAAUCCCACCCGACCAGCAGCGUCUGAUCUUCGCUGGUAAGCAGCUGGAAGACGGACGCACCCUGUCCGACUACAACAUCCAGAAGGAGUCCACCCUCCACCUGGUCCUUCGUCUGAGGGGAGGUAUGCAGAUCUUCGUGAAGACGCUGACUGGCAAGACCAUCACUCUCGAAGUGGAGCCAAGCGACACCAUUGAAAAUGUGAAGGCUAAAAUCCAAGAUAAGGAAGGCAUUCCCCCUGACCAGCAGCGUCUGAUCUUCGCUGGUAAGCAGCUGGAAGAUGGACGCACCCUGUCCGACUACAACAUCCAGAAGGAGUCCACCCUCCAUCUCGUCCUCCGUCUGAGGGGAGGUAUGCAGAUCUUUGUCAAGACCCUCACUGGUAAGACCAUCACCUUGGAGGUGGAACCCAGCGACACUAUUGAGAACGUCAAAGCCAAGAUCCAAGAUAAGGAGGGAAUCCCACCUGACCAGCAGCGUCUGAUCUUCGCCGGUAAGCAGCUUGAAGAUGGUCGUACUCUCUCCGACUACAACAUCCAGAAGGAGAGUACCCUCCACCUUGUCCUCCGUCUGAGGGGAGGUAUGCAGAUCUUCGUGAAGACGCUGACUGGUAAGACCAUCACUCUCGAAGUGGAGCCAAGUGACACCAUUGAAAAUGUGAAGGCUAAAAUCCAGGAUAAGGAGGGAAUCCCACCCGACCAGCAGCGUCUGAUCUUUGCCGGUAAGCAGCUGGAAGAUGGACGCACCCUGUCUGACUACAACAUCCAGAAGGAGUCCACCCUCCAUCUCGUCCUGCGUCUCCGUGGCGGCAACUGAUCUGUUUCACUUGUGAAAUCUGAUUCACCUAAGCUUGAUAAAAUGUCUUAAAACUAAUUCAAAGUUCCUGUACUUCUAAACAUUCAAUAAAGUUAAAGCAUUCCUCGAA